CGCUUUCAAACAUACCAUAGGUCCAUGGUUUGUUCAGGCGUGCAUGUUUCCACCGCGGUGAUUGGCUGACCGUUAAACUGCGCUUCCGGGGUACCAGAGGGAGGAUAGAAGGUACAACUGCUUAACGAAGACAACCGUUAUCAGUCGCACUUUACCCUUUUUUAAAUGGAGGUCUUUGGCUUUUUCUUGGUGGUUUUCUCUGCAUCGCUGGCCCCGGGAGAGUUCCGAUUCAUCGACGAAUACUCCAAGAGCGACAUCAGUCACGAGACCCUGAGUCCUGAUAUUUGUUCAGAAUGCAGCCAGAUUAUGAAUAUAACCUCAGAAAAAGGCUCCAACGACGACACACGGGAACUGCUUCAUGAGAAGCUGAAACACCUGUGCAGGCGCCUCAGCAGUGAUGAACACGAUGACUGCAAAUCUCGAGUGGACACCUAUCUACCUGAGAUCGCUCGAAUGAAGCCCCGUGAGGUGUGCCAGGUCCUGGGCCACUGUGUUCUGGGAGUGGUCGGACCUGCUCAGGUCGUCCCCCGGACGGUGGCCUCUCCUCCUCCGUUCAGCCCUGACCUCAGUACUCAGUUCAGCCCUCAGUGCACACUGUGUCUGUUCCUGAUCAGAAAGAUGGAGGACAUGCUGCCUAAAAACAGGACUGAGGACGCGGUGGUGAAGCUCAUGGGACAGGUGUGCGCUCUGCUCCCCAGCAGCUACAAGAGGAAAUGCAACGACUUCAUUGAUAAAUAUGGAAAGCAGAUCGUUCAGUUUCUGAUGUCCUCAGUGGCUCCGCAUUCGAUCUGUGCUCUGCUGCACCUCUGCCUAAUGGAGGAGGCGUCAACUGUGGAGACGCUGCCUCCAUCCUCGGACUGCCAGGCGUGUCGUCACCUGUUGGUUCUCAGCAGGCUUCACCUCGGCCUCAACUCCACCCGGCCCAUCCAGACCUCCGAUUUCCUCGGGUCUGUCUGUCUCCAGCACCCUAACGCUAUCCCUAAGUGCGAGGUGUUUCUGAAAAACUUUGGGUCUCGGCUGCAAAGGGUUCUGGGAAACCAGUUGGACUCUUCAGAUCCCUGCGAGAGAGCAGAGCUAUGUGCUGCGGUGAAAGUCUCCUCCAGCUCCCAGACACAGCACUGUAACCUGGGGCCAACCUUCUGGUGCCAGGACGUGAGGUCGGCGCUAAUGUGUGGCAAUCUAGCCUACUGCAAGAAACACCUGUGGAGAUGAAACAUCCCUGCAUCCGAGCGUUUUCUGCUGACAAUCCCUUUCUAUAUUUGCUCCAUUGAUUUAUCUCGCUUGCGAUUUACUUAUAAACCUUGCAUGUGUAAUGGUGAGAGCCCCGCUCUUGGAAAGCAUAAAGAAAUACAGACUAAAUCUGGAUGACAUCGAAUGCCUCCACAAGCAUUUAGCUUCAUUAUUUUGUAGUACAAUACUGGAUCCCUGUAACAUACACUAGCCUGCAGUACAAGUACUUGGAGCAUCUACUGCCAGAUUCAGGGCUAGAGGACUUCGGUUCAACUGCAUGUUCCCCCACUCCAAAAUACCUUUUAAUGCAACAUAAAAAAUACAACAUUUCCACAAAGAACACACGAGUGCAUUUGUACAGCGAUGUACUCGCUGUAGAACUAUGACCAUAAUCACUAGAGCUGUCAGUUAAACGCGUUAUUAACGACGUUAA